AUGGGUUACCUCGAAGACGAAGAUCAAAAGUACCUGGACGACGUCCAGGCCGUCAAGGCUUGGUGGACGGACUCGAGAUGGAGAUACACCAAGCGUCCUUACACCGCGGAGCAGAUCGUCGCGAAGCGUGGAAACCUGAAGAUCCAGUACCCUUCCAAUGACCAGAGCAAGAAGCUGUGGAACAUCCUGGAAAGCAACUUCGAGAAAAAAGUCGCCAGCUACACCUAUGGCUGUCUCGAGCCCACAAUGCUCACCCAGAUGGCCAAGUACCUCGACACCGUCUAUGUCUCCGGCUGGCAGAGCUCGUCCACAGCCUCGUCUACCGAUGAGCCUUCCCCCGAUCUUGCCGAUUACCCCAUGAACACUGUCCCCAACAAGGUCAACCAGCUCUUCCUCGCUCAGCUGUUCCAUGACCGGAAACAGCGCGAGGAGCGCAUCACAACUCCUAAGGACCAGCGCUCGAAACUCGCCAACAUCGAUUACCUGCGUCCCAUCAUUGCCGAUGCUGAUACCGGUCACGGUGGUCUCACUGCUGUCAUGAAGCUGACCAAGCUGUUCAUCGAGAGAGGUGCUGCUGGUAUCCACAUUGAGGACCAGGCCCCUGGUACCAAGAAGUGUGGCCACAUGGCUGGAAAGGUCCUCGUCCCUAUCAGCGAGCACAUCAACCGUCUGGUUGCCAUCCGUGCCCAGGCCGAUAUCAUGGGAACCGAUCUCCUUGCCGUUGCCCGUACCGACUCCGAAGCCGCCACCCUCAUCACCUCAACCAUCGACCACCGUGAUCACGGCUUCAUUCUCGGCUCGACCAACCCCAACCUCCAGCCCCUGGCCGACCUCAUGGUCGCCGCCGAGCAAGCCGGAAAGAGCGGUGCCGAGCUCCAGGCUAUUGAGGAUCAGUGGACCGCUCAGGCUGGCCUGAAGCUGUUCAACGAGGCUGUCGUCGACGCCAUCAAGCAGGGUUCUCAGGGCAACACGGACGCUCUGAUCAAGGAGUACCUGACUGCCGCCAAGGGCAAGAGCAACCGCGAGGCUCGUGCGAUCGCCAAGGGCAUCACCGGCACUGACAUCCAUUGGGAUUGGGAUGCUCCUCGUACCCGUGAGGGUUACUACCGCUACCAGGGAGGCACCCAGUGCGCCAUCAACCGUGCUGUUGCCUAUGCUCCUUUCGCCGAUCUGAUCUGGAUGGAGAGCAAGCUCCCUGACUACGCCCAGGCCAAGGAGUUCGCCGACGGUGUGCACGCCGUCUGGCCCGAGCAGAAGCUCGCAUACAACUUGUCGCCUUCCUUCAACUGGAAGAAGGCCAUGCCCCGUGAGGAGCAGGAGACCUACAUCAAGCGUCUCGGCGCUCUGGGCUAUGCCUGGCAGUUCAUCACCCUGGCCGGUCUGCACACCACCGCCCUCAUCUCCCACCAGUUCGCCAAGGCCUACUCGCAGCACGGAAUGCGCGCGUACGGCGAGCUGGUGCAGGAGCCCGAGAUGGAACAAGGCGUAGACGUCGUUACUCACCAGAAGUGGAGUGGUGCCAACUAUGUUGAUAACCUCCUGAAGAUGGUCACUGGCGGUGUCAGCAGCACAGCAGCCAUGGGCAAGGGUGUGACCGAGGACCAGUUCAAGCACUGA